GCCUAAUAAAGGACUUCCCACCCUGAGUGCUUUGCGAAUGCAGCACUACGCUGUAUUCCUCGAAUCAUUUGAUUAUGAGGUGCGGUUCCGGCCAUCGAAGGAGAAUGCAAAUGCGGACGGAAUGUCUCGAUUGCCCAUCGAAGACGCCAGCAACAAACACCGAAUCGAGGAGGUGGAUCUUGUUGAGGUUAAUCAAAUCGAGACUUUGCCUGUCACAGUUGAAGAACUUGCAAAAUGCACCAAAGAAGACGAAUGUAAAAACUUUGCUGGAAGGUUUGAAAGUCGGACGAGUAGUCGAAGGCUGUGAUAGAUUCGGCGUUAAUCAGAGUGAGUUUUCGAUUCAACAAGGCUGUUUGAUGAGAGGUAUCCGAGUCUACAUUCCUCCUAAACUGCGGCAGCGUGUACUGGAAGAGUUGCACACUGGACAUUUCGGUGUGUCCAGAAUGAAAUCAUUGGCCCGAUCGUAUUGCUGGUGGGAAACUGUUGAUCGUGACAUCGAAGAUCUGUCAAGGGACUGUUGCGAAUGCGCCAGUGUAAAGAAGAAUCCUGUAAGCGUGGCUCCUCAUUGCUGGGAACAAGCUACAGAGCCAUUCCAGCGAAUUCAUGUUGAUUUUGCGGGACCGUUUCUUGGGAUGUACUUUUUCGUGAUUGUGGAUGCUUUUUCAAAGUGGCCGGAGGUUAAGAUCAUUCGUGAUAUGACUACAGAUACCACCAUCGACCGUCUGCGGGAGUAUUUCGUAACGUACGGAGUUCCAUCGGUCAUAGUUAGUGAUCGAGGAGUCCAGUUCACUUCAGACCAAUUCCGAGAAUUCGUGAGGCGAAACAAUAUCAUGCACAAAAUGGGAGCCCCAUACCACCCCGCCACGAAUGGGCAAGCUGAACGAUUCGUUCAGACCUUCAAAGAAAAGUUGAAAGCUUUGAAAUGCGAGAGAAAGGACGUUCAGUUUGAGCUCUACAAAAUCUUGAUGGCGUAUCGAAGGACGGUGCACCCAGUAACUGGAAAAUCUCCAUCGAUGUUAGUCUAUGGACGACAGAUGAAGUCCCGGCUCGAUUUGCUAGUUCCUGUGGCCGAUUUGAAGGUUUCAUCCCGCGGAGAGGAAGAGCCUGUACGGUGUUUUACGGUCAACGAAAGAGUAGCUGCGCGAGAUUUUUUGGGUGCUUCCAAGUGGCAAUUUGGAACGACUGGGUAA